AUGAAGCUUGCAACAAGCAGAACAGACGUCAGGUCCAUGGGGUGCCCAUUGCCGGAUGAUCUUCUCCACAAUGUGCUGGGCAGGCUGCCUUUGAAGGAAGUGAUGAGAUUUCGUUGUGUAUGCAAAGCUUGGAACGCUCUGUUAAUGACGUGGGAAUUUUCACACUCGUUUUGCCACAAGCCAGGGAAGCUGGUUCCGCUGUAUCUGGACGAUGGAGCUCUCACCAUGUACAAUUCCAGCACUAAUUCGUGGCUACAAUGCGAUCUACAUCAUGUUCUGUCGUUGAAAUAUCAUCAGGUCCAGCUGGUGGCGUCUGGUGGAGGUCUGCUUUGCUUUCUCGCCAAGAACCUCAGGGAUCUGAAGACGUCGUUCGUUAUCUACAACCCUUUAACGCGACAACACCUUAAAUUGCUGACGCCAUUUGAGUCUGGUUCACGUUUCUGUCUCACAAUCCCUAACUCAGGCAAUCUGUUGUGCGGAAUCGAUGCGAAUCUCGAGACAGGGUUUUAUAGGUUCGUGUUUUUAGAUCCUCGUUCUGGCGAAACUUACCUCUACGACUCGAGAUUACUCUCAUGGCGGCUAGGUUGUAAAUUACCCUCAUCUAUCAGGAGGCUCGAUGGAUUUGCAGAGCCUUAUAUGCGUUACAGCGGAUACACGACUCAAUGUCUGACGAAGGAGGGAAAAUUCUACUGGUUGGUGAGUCAAACGGAAGGGCCAACUCUGGACUUGGUGUACAUAUACGAUGCGAGUCUCGACACUUGGAGCUAUGUGUUUUGCAGGAUGUCUAACCAAAGGACUGCGCUGAAUAUGUUAGACGAGAGGACGACUUAUGUGAGAUGUAUGGAGCAUAACGGCGAGAUCAUCGUGGUUGGAAAACGAGGACGCAGACUUUCGAACAAGCCUUUUUGUUACUUUGAGAUUCUCGAUACGGGACCUUCGAAUUUGGACUCGACUGAGGGCCGGCGGUUGUACCUGCAAGAGAAGGCGAUGCCUAUGAAUCGGGUGCUCGACGUGAUCCUCCCCUUGCAGAUCGAAGGUACGCAGGAGUUCAAACUCAGCUGGUGCGUAGGAGCCAGGGACGAAGUUUUUUUUCUUCUGGAAGCGCAAUCGUUUGACUUGUCAAGGGAUCCCAAUCCCGCCGCCCGUUCUCGAGACGACUUCCCUUUGACUUCCCCGAUGGUGCGCUACGCCGAGGUCGAUGACUCUUGGACCUUAUUGUGCAACUGGAAGAUUGUUCACGACAGAAAUGUGAGCCUGGGGCCUUCUACUUCACAGGGUUCACGAAUGAGGGCUGGAAUGCCCAGACUCCGUGUGGGGCCUUCUGCUUCAAAUGGAGUCUGGGCAUUCCAGCCCUCAUUUGUGAGCCCUGGGGCGGUCGAGGUUGUGAUCAAGCAUCCUCACGGGUCGAACGAGGACGAAUUUAUUUCUCAGAAGUAG